AUGGGUCCUCUCCCCGGCGAUUACAGCCCCAUUCCAGAGGAUUCUCAGGCUGAAGAGAUGACAGUAGAGGAGGCUGAAACGACACAAGAGCUACAGUUCAGCAGUUUUACAGCAAAGGACUUUCGCCGGAUUAAGGUUUUAGGCAGAGGAAGCUUCGGCAAGGUUCUACUAGUAGAGUAUCUUCCAGCAAACAUCUAUUGCGCUAUUAAAGUGCUCAAGAAGGACAACAUCGACUCCACUGAUGAUAUAGAACACAUUUUAACAGAGAAGCAAAUUGGACAGUUGGUGAAUCCACACAGUUUUAUAGUGGACUUAUACGCCACAUUCAGCACCAAAAACCAGCUGUUUUUCAUCAUGGAGUUUGUGGCAGGAGGCAGUUUAAGAACCCACCUGAUGAGGAGCAAGCACUUUGAUCUACAGACAACCAAGUUCUACGCUGCUUGUAUAACGCUUGGUUUAGAAGGAAUUCACAGCAAGGAUGUCAUACACAGAGAUUUAAAGCCGGGGAAUCUACUAAUGGAUCAAGACGGCUACAUCAAGAUCGCCGAUUUUGGGAUGAGCAAAACUGGCAUUGGAUAUGGAGACCGCACCAACACCAUGGUUGGGAGUCCUGCUUAUAUGGCGCCCGAAGUCGUGAUGGAGGAGGAGUACUCAAGAGCCGUCGACUGGUGGGCUCUUGGCGUCAUCGUUUAUGAGAUGCUCCUCGGAACGAGACCUUUCACCGGAUACGACAGGGACUUUAUAUAUGAUUCCAUCGUGGAGGAUGAGCCACACUACCCCUCAUCCCUGGACUCCGAAGCAGUAAGCUUCAUAUCACAGCUGUUGAAGAAGAAUCCUGAGGAGAGGCUAGGUUCCACCCCGGGGAAUGCCGCAGAUGUAGCAGAACAUCCAUUCUUUAAUGGCAUUGUCUGGGAUGAUAUUAUCGAGAAGAACGUAACAGCUCCGUUCGUACCCAGCCUAAAUGGACCGGAGGAUGUGGGGUAUUUCGAUGAGGAGUUCACCAAACUGUCAGCGAAUCUGACCCAGCCCAAAGGACCCCCUGCUGAGAUGGCAAGCGAGAUCGAUGAAGCCUUUCUGGACUUUAACUAUGCAGCAUUUUAAGUCCACAGGGGAUGAUGGGUAAGAA